CCUCACUCCUCUCCCCAUUCCACCCAAACCCCACCCCACGCCACGGCCAUGACGCCGCCGCGGAUGAACCUGAUCGACGACGACGUCCUCGCGGAGAUCCUCCUCCGCAUGCCGCCGGACGAACCCGAGCACCUCUUCCGCGCCGCCCUCGUCUGCAAGCCCUGGCUCUGCGUCAUCUGCCUCCCCGCCUGCUUCCGCAGCCAGUACCGCGCGUUCCACGGCGCCCCUCCGCUGCUCGGCCUCCUCUACCGGAACCAGGUCUGCGACGGGGACGCCGCCCCGCGCUUCGCGUCCACCACCUCGAUGCCCGACUUCCCCCACCCAGGCUCCGGCGGCCGCCCCGCGCGCCCCCUCGACUGCCGCCACGGCCGCGUCCUCCUCCACAUGUCCCACGAUUCGGAUGUGGAUCUCCUCGUCUGGGACCCCGUCACCGGAGAGCGCCGCGUGGUGCCCGAUCCGGACGUGGACGUGGACUGGAUGGUCUACACCGCCGCCGUGUCCUGCGCCGCCGCCGGCUGCGACCACCUCGACUGCCACGGCGGGCCCUUCCGCGUGGUCUUCCUGGCCACCGAUGACCGCGAAGAGGUCGUCAAGGCAACCGUGUACUCGUCGGCGACAGGCGCGUGGAGCCCGCCGGUGUCUCUUGACGACAGCUGUGAGUGCUAUGCCCGGCACAAGCGAGACGCAACUGCAGAAAUGAUGUUCUUCUCCUCCUACGUACCCUAUGUCCAGUCCAGGCGAGUGGCCGCCAUUGGGGAUGCGGUCUACUUCACAAUUUCGCGGUCCGCUGCCAUUGCCAAGUACGAUUGGGCCGAGAAUCACCUGUCUGUGAUUGACCCACCACCACCAGAUACAGAAUUGUACGGUGGUUUCGUCUCCCUCAUGGUCAUGGAGGACAGUUCACUGGGGCUUGCUGGUGUUGAGGAUUCCACUUCCAGUCUGCAUCUCUGGUCGAGGACGGUGAAGGGAGCUGCAAAAUGGGUGCAAUGCAUGGUCAUUGACCUGGAGAAAGCCAUGCCCAUGGCCAAUCCCCGCGAAGGUGAUGGAGCAUAUGUGGUUGGUUUCGCAGAGGGUGUCGGUGUCAUCUUCGUCAGAACAGAUGCUGGCUUAUUCACGCUCGAGCUCAAGUCCGGGCUGGUGAAGAAGGUUGAUGAAUUUGGGGUCUACUUUUCCGUUUUACCCUACAUGAGCUUCUACACUCCUGACCGUGGUACAUUGUCAUCGCUGGCAAGGCUCACUGAUGUCUGACGUGCAACUCAAGGGCAGGACCUGGCGAAAUGGACGAAUCCGUCACUACCUCAAUUCUUCUUUUGCGAAUCACUCACCGAACUUAAUUCUGCUGCUGGUGGCUUCCUGAAGUCUUGGGAGGUCCUUUAUUUAUUUUCUUGAGUAGUUGAAGCAUGACUGGUGCAGGUCGUUAUGAUAUGCGAGGGCUGCAGGUUUUGUAUCCUCUGGUCACAGGUCGACCCAAAAUUCAUCCAUCCAAGCCAACUAGCUAGUCCUGAUUUCAAAGUAAGAAAUGUAGAAGGAAAAUGAACUGAGAGGGGCGUCCCAGAGCUACGGGGGUCAAUCGUGGAUGUUUUAGUCGAAUUUGUGCUGAUCCUUAUAUAGGCCUAAAGUUUGUAGAAGCAUCAAAUAUGCGGGGCGUAUUUGAUGUUUCAGUUGCUGUUUGGUUAAUGUUUCACUGAGCUAGGCUACCAUGUGGGGUCUUUCGCUGUUCUAUCUUGCAAAGUUAACAUUGA